AUGAAGUUGUCGCCGUUACUCGGGCUGUUCUGCGCCGCCGGCCAUGCGCAGGCCAGAGCCGUCUUUGCCCACUUCAUGCCAGAAAAGGUAGCCAACGCCGCCAACUUCACGCAAGAUACAUGGGCCAACGACAUCAAAAUCGCGCAGGAAGCGCACAUCGACGCCUUCGCCCUGAACAUCGGCUACGGGCUGCACAACUACCUCGACCUCCUCAACGAUGCCUUCACCGUGGCCCACCGCCAUAACUUCAGCAUGUUCCUCUCCUUCGACAUGGGCCAGGACCCCAAGUGGCCCGCCAACGAGAUCAUCCAUGUCAUCGACAACUAUGUCACCGGCACCGCCUACUACCGCCACCGCGGCGACAAACCCCUCGUCUCGACCUUCGAGGGCGGUCAGAACGCCAGCCUCUGGCGCAACGUACGCAACAACACACAGUCCGAGUUCUUCUUCCUGCCGGACUGGACGUCGCUGGGCAUCAAAGCCGCCGCGGCCUCACCCGUCAUCGACGGCCUCAUGAGCUGGACCGCCUGGCCGGCCGGCGCCCACGCCAUGAACACCUCCGUCGACGAGGCCUACGUCGAUGCCCUCGCCGGCCGGCCGUACAUCAUGCCCGUCUCGCCGUGGUUCUACACCAACCUGCCCAAGUUCAAGAAGAACUGGGCCUGGCGCGGCGACGAGCUCUGGUACAACCGCUGGCAGCAGGUGCUGGACAUCGACCCGGAGUACGUCGAGAUCAUCACGUGGAACGACUACGGCGAGUCACACUACAUCGGCCCCAUGCAUGAGGAUGACCUGGGGAUCUUCAGCAUUGGCCACGCGCCGUUCAAUUACGCCGAGGACAUGCCGCAUGACGGCUGGCGGGCGUUUCUGCCGUAUAUGAUUGACCUGUAUAAGAGUGGGGGCGAGGAUGCGAGCUUGGAGAGUGAGGGGGUUGUCGCGUGGUAUCGUGUGAACCCUGGCUCGGCGUGUUCGAGCGGGAACACCACUGCCGGCGAUGAGUCCGGGAAGGGGAAAACUGCGUCGAGCCCCGAGACGAUCUUCCAGGACCACAUCUUCUACACGGCGCUGCUGGAGUCACCGGCAGAUGUGAGGGUGAGUAUCGGGGGCAAGGAGACGAAGGGGAGCUGGACGGAUACCCCCGAUGAAGAUGAAGGGAUGUAUUACGGGAGUGUGCCCCUGGACGGCGAGACGGGUGAAGUCAUCGUCACCAUCUCGCGAUCUGACAAGACGAUCGCGGAGAUGAAGGGCAAGUCGAUCACGACCGACUGCAAGGCGAACGGGGGCUUCAACAACUGGAAUGCAUGGGUGGGGAGUGCGAUGGCGGAGGACAAGACUUCCGGCAAUUCCUCGGAUUCCUCUCCCAAGAAAUCGAGUAGCCCGUCGACGUCGAGACCGACAAUGGCCUUGUUGCUGGGGAUGGUGCUGUGGGCAUGGUUGUAA